GCGCAGCGCCCGCUCCUUCCUUUUCGCUGAGUGUGUCCGACAUGGCUCCGAUUAAGAAGCAGCCUGUGAGGAAGCAGGGUGGUGGGAAGAAGAAGAAGCAGAUCCUGAAGUUCACUCUGGAUUGCACUCACCCUGUCGAAGAUGGAAUCAUGGACGCUGCCAACUUUGAGCAGUACCUGCAGCAGCGCAUCAAGGUCAAUGGAAAAGCUGGAAACCUUGGUGAUGGCCGUGUGUCCAUUGAGAGGAGCAAGAGCAAGAUUUCAGUGAACUCUGAGGUCCCUUUCUCCAAGAGGUACCUGAAGUAUCUGACCAAGAAGUACCUGAAGAAGAACAACCUGAGGGACUGGCUGCGGGUGGUGGCUAACACCAAGGAAAGCUACGAGCUCCGUUACUUCCAGAUCAAUCAGGAUGAAGAGGAAGAAGAGGAGGAUUAAACUUCUGUCACCACAUUUUAAUAAAAUAUCUUCCAAAGUUAAA